UGGGGGGGGGUGCUGCUGCUGCUACGGGCUCCAGGGACUCUGCUGCUUUUCGGGCCUCCUCACCCCACACAGAGGCCAGUUUCUGUCUGCUCCCAGCACCGCCCCGCCCCCCACCCCGAGUCUCCACGCCCAUCUCCCCACCUCCUGGAGGUCCUCUGUCAGGCCAGCCUCAUCAAACCCCUGGAUUUGUGGGAGGCAAGGAGGGUAGGUGCUAAAUCCGGAGGCUGCUUUCUCUGCAGGCCGUCCUGCCCCGCCCCACCUGCUUCCACCCACUGUGAGAUGAACGACACUCAAGACUUGGCCACUUUGCCCCCGGUUGCCACCCAGGUGAAGCUGGGGGGCUGGAGCCGUCCAGGUGGGGGGAGUGGGUCUGUCCAUCAGCGCCCGCACCAGGAGCUCCAGGCCUUUCUCAACCUGCUGGAGCACAGCUUCCUCCAGGAAUUCCUUUCCAAAGAUCCCUGUUUCCAGAUUUCAGAUAAGUAUCUUCUGGCCAUGGUGCUGGUCUACUUCCGGCGCGCCAACCUGAAGCUCCACGAGUACACCCACAGCAACCUGUUCCUGGCUCUGUUUCUCGCCAAUGACAUGGAGGAGGAUGUGGAGGACCCCAAAUGUGUGAUUUUUCUGUGGGCCCUGGGAAAAGACUGGCAUCUCCGGGUGGCGGAUUUCCUGCAUCAAAGGGAUAAGCUGUGGGCCCGGAUGGGCUUCCGGGCCAUGGUGAGCCGCGAGUGUUGUGAGGAGGUCAUGGCCAAGGAGCCAUCCCACUGGGCCUGGACUCGAGAGCGGCACCCCCAGCACGGUGGGGCUCAGAGGGGUCCAAAGGCCCAGGUCCUCCUUCCUGGGCCCCCCAGCCCCUCGCCACCUCCCUGUUCCCUCCAUGGCCAGCCCCCUUCCCACAGCCAGUGCUGCCACCAGCCCCACCCGGUGCCUGUCUUAUCCAAGUGCCCUUCCCCAAACCCUGAGUGGCAUUGCCCUCCCCUCCAAGCUUGUCUCUCAGUGGCUGAAGACCCCUUGGCGGGGGGCUUCCUCAUCAUCCCGCCCCCCCAACUACAGCUGGAGCCGGGCACCUACACUCUCCACAUCCUCCCGAAGCCUCCACCAUGCCCUGGGUGCUGACACUUGCAGGAUGAAGAGUAGCCCACUUGCUUGCCUGCUGACCCAAGGCCCACUAGCUAUGGGCCCCCCACCCCAGCCUUCUGUCCUAUUGACGUCAGGCUGGCUGAGCUGCCCAGGCCCCCUGUCACCUCCUCCCAGAUGCACCCACUCUGACCCUGGCCCCUCUAAUAAACUCGUGUCCAUAGGACACCGACUGUGCUUAGGCCCUGGCCUGGCUCCUUGACCCAGGGCAGGGGUG